CUGCGCUUUAGAUAUUGAAGCUAAUGUAGAUAGUGAAGCUAAUAAAGUUAGUGAAGAGAAUAUUGCUAGUGAAGCUAAUAUAGAUAAUGAAGCUAAUGCAGACAGUGAUUUUAAUGUAGAUAGUGAAGCUAACAAAGAUAAUGAAGCUAAUGCAAAUAAUGUAGAAGCUAAAUCUAAUAUAGCUAAUGAAGCUAGUAUAAAAAAUGAAGCUAAUAUAGGAAUUGAAGCUAAUAAAAAUAAUGAAGACAAUGAAGUUAAUGAUGAUGUUGUUGCUAAUGUUGAUAGUGAAGCUAAUGAAGACAGUGAUUCUAAUGUAAGUAGUGAAGCUAACGUAAAUAAUGAAGCUAAUGUAAAUAAUGUAGAUGCUGAAGGCACUGAAGCUAAUAAAAAUAAUGAAGACAAUGAAGUUAAUGUUGUCGCUAAUGUAGAUAAUGAAGCUACGGUUGAUAGUGAAGCUAAUUUAGAUAACGAAGCUAAUAUUAAUAGUGAAGCUAAUGCAGAUAAUGAAGAUAAUUCGGCUAAUAUAAAUAGUGAAGAUAAUAAAGCUAGUGUAAAUAAUGAAGCUAAUAAAAAUAGUAUGGAUAAUGAAGCUAGUGUCAAUGAAGCUAAUGAAAAUAAAGAAGCUAAUAUAAGGAAUGAAGUAUUGAAGGUAUUGACGAUAAUUGAAGUAGUUGAAGUAUUGAAGUACCUUCAAUCGAAGGAGAGAAGUGGUUCAAAAAAAGAAGAAGGGAAAGAGAAUGGAAGAAGAGAAGGAGAAAAGAGGCUGGAAAGAAAGGAGAAGAGAAAGAUAGAGAGAAAGAUAGAGAAGGAAAAUGAAGAGAGGGGGGAAAAAGAGAAUGAAGAGAGGAGAACGAGAAAGAAGGUGAGAAAGAAAGAAAUGAAGAAAUGA